AUUAGUCAAACUUCGUCAAUAUUAUAGAUUUGACUUUCGUCUCCUUUUUCUCACUACUAUUCUCUAUAAUCGUUUCAAGCAGACUUUUUUGUGCAAUCAAUAAUUUCAAUUUCUUUAUUCUUUUUAUUUUAUUAUUUCUUCAAUGGCGAAUUAUUAAAUUUCACAUCUUGUAGAGAAUUUUGUCUUCUGUAAAUCAAACUCCAGGAAUCUUACUUUAUUAAUCAGCUCAGAAAAAAAAACCCAUUUCUGAAAUAGUUUCAAAAUUUAUUUUUUUGAGCUUUAAUGGAGGAUUCAGAGAGAGAACUAGUAGUAAAUGAAUUAUUUGAAAUUGUAAGAGAAAUAUCAGUGUUUCCUGAAUGUAAAAAUACAUCAAAGAAAUUGUAUAGUAAUUUAUUAAGAAGAGUUAAAUUGUUAAGUCCUCUGUUUGAAGAAUUAAAAGAUAGUGAAGUACUUAUUGAUGAAGAUGAAAUUAGAGGUUUGGGUUGUUUGAAAGUUGGUCUUGAAGCAGCUAAAAAUCUACUUAGAUCUGUUAAUGAAGGAAGUAAGCUUUUUCAGGCCUUACAAAAAGACAAUAUUGUGAAGCAUUUCCACGAUGUGACAGAGCAAAUUGAGCAAGCAUUGGGUGAGAUUUCAUAUGAUAAGCUCAAUAUUUCGGAAGAAGUUCACGAGCAGAUUGAGCUAGUGCAUGCUCAGUUCAGGAGGGCAAAAGAAAGAUCGGACUCACCGGAUGUACAACUAUACAUGGAUUUGUACUCGGCCCAAAAUGAAAAAGAUCCCGACCCUGCGAUCCUAAAAAGGCUUUCAGAAAAACUGCAACUUAAGACUAUAAAUGAUCUAAAGAAAGAAUCUCUUGCUUUGCAUGAAAUGGUUAUCUCCAGCGGUGGAGAUCCAGGAGAUUGGCUCGAAGAGAUGUCUGUACUGCUUAAAAAGCUUAAAGACUCUGUACUCGCUGAAAACACAGGAGCAGAAACUUCCGAAAAUGAGAAGGUCUUUAUGAGAAGCAGAUCCCCGGUCAUCCCUGAUGAUUUUCGGUGCCCUAUAUCACUCGAAUUGAUGAAGGAUCCAGUCAUUGUCUCUACUGGACAGACUUAUGAGCGUACAUGCAUCCAAAAAUGGCUAGAUGCUGGGCACAAGACUUGUCCCAAAACUCAGCAGACCUUGUCACACACAGCCCUCACACCAAACUAUGUAUUGAAGAGUCUGAUAGCUCAGUGGUGUGAGAGCAACGGGAUUGAACUGCCAAAGAAUCAAGGGAGCUGUAAAAACAAAAACUCAAUCAAUUCUGUUCCAGAUCGUGAUCGAGCUGGUAUAGAAGCCUUGUUACAGAAACUGUCACAUGGUAACCCAGAAGAACAAAGAGCAGCUGCAGGUGAGUUCCGGUUGUUAGCAAAAAGGAAUGCUGAUAACAGAGUUUGCAUUGCGGAUGCAGGAGUUAUUCCCUUGCUUGUAGAGCUACUAUCAUCCCCUGAUAAUAGGACUCAAGAACACGCAGUUACGGCACUCCUCAAUCUUUCAAUAAAUGAGACUAACAAGGGUAAUAUAGUCAAUGCUGGGGCAAUACCUGAUAUAGUUGAAGUGCUAAAAUCCGGCAGCAUGGAAGCAAGAGAGAAUGCAGCAGCAACUCUUUUCAGUUUAUCUGUUGUAGAUGAAUACAAGGUGGCAAUAGGCGCAGCAGGAGCCAUCCCAGCUCUUAUUGACUUGCUGUGCCAGGGAAGCCCUCGAGGGAAAAAAGAUGCUGCAACUGCAAUAUUUAACCUUUCAAUCUAUCAGGGAAACAAGGUGAGGGCUGUUAGAGCUGGAAUUGUGGUGCCUUUGAUGAGGCUGCUUAAGGAUGCUGGUGGUGGGAUGGUGGAUGAAGCACUUGCUAUAAUGGCAAUCCUUGCAAGCCACCAUGAGGGGAAAACUGCAAUAGGUCUAGCUGAACCAAUCCCUGCUUUAAUCGAUGUAAUGAGGACUGGAUCACCAAGAAACCGUGAGAACGCCGCAGCUGUGUUGUGGUCACUCUGUACUGGUGACGUGCAACGUCUAAAAACUUUGAAGGAUCUUGGAGCAGAGGAGGCAUUAAAAGAGUUGUCAGAGAAUGGUACAGAUAGAGCCAAAAGAAAAGCGGGUAAUCUUCUUGAACUCAUGCAACGGAAAGCUGAACCUGACGCCGAAGAUAGCCCAUGAAGUCACAUGACCUCAUGAAACAGGAGAGUCAUCUCUGUUCUGUGAUUGUCAUGGCCACAAUAUAUGAUAGGUAAUUUUUUGGGUAAAUGUAUGUAGUCAAGGUGUUGUUGUUGUAUAAAAGUUGAGAAUUGGUAUUUGCUGCAAUGGGUAUUGAAUGAAGAAAGCUGCAUUCGUGAGUGGAAUGAUGACAAAACAGCGAAGGAAAACUAGCUCUCAAUGUAGGCUGCAACUCAUCCACAAGCCAUCUAAAGUAUCUGUCAGUAAGCCGAAAGUGUGAUUAGCUUUGUAUUGUCCAUGUUUGUUCAGUGUCAUCUAUGUUUUAUUUCUUCCACUUAUUUUGUUCUUUCUUUCUCGAGUUUGUAUUUUUGUUCGACUAGAUUAUGUAAUCAUGGAACUGUACACAUCAAUUUUCUGCAACA